CAUGUUCCCCUCGGGGCGGGGCGGGAGCUCAGCGCCUACGGGGGCUGCGGGGACCGCCCCCCCCCCGCACCCCCCACGCCGGGGAGGGGUGCCCGGCUUCCCGCGGGGGCUGCAGGGCCCGUGGUGGCGGUGCCGAGCCCCCCAGGGCCGGGCCCGGGUCCUCCCCUGGGUGUCUGUGUGAAGAGCCCGCAUGGCUUCGCCUGACCAAGGUUCCAGGUGCACGCAGCAACCUCACAGAUCAAGCCAGACCUUACCUGAGUUUCAUACGUGAAGACAAGACAGGUUCGCUGCAGCUUAGCCUUCUGGCCUAGGAUAAAGAUGUUACUAGGAAAGAAAAGUGGCUUCAAGCAAGCAACACAGUAACGCUGGGACUCUAAAAAAAGCAGGGAAGAGUUGUUCCCUAAAAGCAGCUAUAAAAUUUCUCAUGUCUACAAGAAUCCUGUACAGACAGUUUUCAUGCUGCAGCAUCAAAGCUGCAGGGGUAAAUCAUGGAAAUACCUUAUCUUGCUAAGUUCCCCACACACAUUCUUUUCUCCUCCGUUAUUUCCACAGGGAGAAGAUAAUUUCACUUACUGUCCAGCAUCAGGCCUAGCUAAAGGAAAUGAGCACUUAGAAUUUGCUGGCUGGGCAUUUCCAUUUCCAGGGGUGUUUCUGAUGGAGGAGUUCAUUAGCGAAGAUGAAGAAUCUGAGAUAGUUGAACUGAUGGAUCGAGAUGACUGGAAACCGUCACAGUCUGGCCGAAAGAAACAGGACUAUGGACCCAAAGUGAACUUCAAGAAACAAAGGCUGAAGGCUGGCAGCUUUACUGGUUUGCCAAGUUUUAGUAAAAAGAUUGUGGCACAAAUGAACGCCUGCUCUGUACUAGGUGGUUUCCUACCUGUUGAACAAUGUAAUCUGGACUACAUGCCAGAAAGAGGUUCUGCCAUUGACCCACAUUUUGAUGACUGGUGGCUUUGGGGAGAGCGUCUGGUUAGCUUAAACUUGCUCUCAAAAACAGUGCUAUCCAUGUCUUGUGAUUCAGUGGACAGCAUCCAAUUAUUUCCCACUUUCGGUAAAGAAAAUGGGGAAUUAAGUCCCCCUGGAUCUUUUACACAGACGUCAGCAUGCAAAAAUUCAGGCGAAGAGGGAAUCAACAGCAUUUUGUCCCCAAGGUUUGUUCCAAGUAAAGAGGUGACUGUUGCCAUUCACUUACCCCGAAGGUCUCUGGUGGUGCUGUACAGUGACGCACGGUACAAGUGGAAACACGCGAUUUACCGCAAGCAUAUAGAACAUCGGCGAAUCUGUGUCACGUUCAGGGAGCUGUCUGCAGAGUUCAGCGCCGGAGGAAGGCACGAGGAACUGGGUAAAGAACUGCUAGAAAUAGCUCUUUCAUUUCAAGGAAGACCAGUGUGAUCAGCAAGAGGAAGGCAGAAUUGCAUUUUGUUAGGAAAUUUGAAAAAUAAAGUACAGAAUUUGUGCAAC